GUCCCUUUAAGCGGCUGGUCGCGCGGCGGAGCCGGGAGGACUGUACCACCGGCCGCGAGCUGGCGGGGGAGGAUAUAUUGGGCUGAUUAGAGCUCGCGCCUCAGAAUCCAGAAGAAAGCCCCAUUCGGAGGGGCCUCACGGCCCCAGAUGGAUGGCCACAUUCCUCGGCGGAGGAUCUGAGAACCUUGGAGGCCGAAACGCGGCACUGGCUGCGUGAAAGUCAGGAACACCUUCCCGCCCCGGCCUCAAGUCCUGCCCCGGGCCCACCUCCGCUCUGGAUUCUUAAAGAGCCCGCGGGCCGGGGCUUGGGGGGGUGGAGCAGCAGAGGCGCCGUGCCCGGGCCGCGCCUCGGCGAGUGGCUGGAGUGGGCCGGGCUGGGCCGGGGAUGGCGGUGGUCAUGGCGCGGGUCCCGGCAGCGCCCCGCGCGAGUUCCUGAGCUGGUGCCAGGCAGGUGACACCAUCUUCCUGCAGCCCCCAGCAUGUGGGCAGGCCUGUGCCCUGCCGUCACACUGGCCCUGGUGUUGGUGGCAUGGGCCACUCAGCUCAAGCCCACAGCGCCACCCAUCUUCACCGGCCGGCCCUUCGUGGUAGCAUGGGAUGUGCCCACACAAGACUGUGGCCCUCGCCUCAAGGUGCCCCUGGACCUGAAGGCCUUUGAUGUUCAGGCCUCACCUAACGAGGGUUUCGUGAACCAGAAUAUCACCAUCUUCUACCAUGAUCGGCUGGGCCUGUAUCCACGCUUCAGUUCCAUGGGACGGUCUGUGCACGGGGGUGUGCCGCAGAAUGGCAGCCUCUGGGCGCAUCUGAAGAUGCUACAGGAGCAUGUGGAACACUACAUCCGUACCCAGGAGCCCGCGGGCCUGGCGGUCAUCGACUGGGAGGACUGGCGGCCCGUGUGGGUGCGCAACUGGCAGGACAAGGACAUAUACCGCCAGUCGUCAUACCAGUUGGUGGCUGUUCGCCACCCUGACUGGCCGGCAGAGCGCGUGGUCAAGCAGGCGCAGUACGAGUUUGAGUUUGCCGCCCGGCAGUUCAUGCUGGAGACGCUGCGCUUUGUCAAGGCCGUGAGACCACGGCACCUCUGGGGCUUCUACCUCUUCCCCGACUGUUACAACCACGACUACGUGCAGAACUGGGAAACCUAUACGGGCCGCUGCCCUGAUGUCGAGGUCUCCCGAAACGACCAGCUGGCCUGGCUGUGGGCGGAGAGCACAGCCCUCUUCCCCUCCGUCUACCUGGAUGAGGCCCUCGCGUCCUCCACCCACGGCCGCAACUUCGUCAGCUUCCGGGUUCAGGAGGCCCUCCGCGUGGCUCACACCCACCACGCCACCCACGCGCUCCCGGUCUACGUGUUCACGCGACCCACCUAUAGCCGCAGGCUCACGGGGCUGAGCGAGAUGGAUCUCAUCUCCACCAUUGGUGAGAGUGCAGCCUUGGGCGCGGCCGGGGUCAUCCUCUGGGGGGAUGCAGGCUACACCACCAGCACGGAGACCUGCCAGUACCUCAAGGAUUACCUGACACGGCUGCUGGUCCCCUACGUAGUCAACGUGUCCUGGGCUGCCCAGUAUUGCAGCUGGGCCCAGUGCCACGGCCACGGGCGCUGUGUACGCCGUGACCCCAGCACCAGUACCUUCCUGCACCUCAGUGCCAGCAGCUUCCGCCUGGUGCCAAGCCACGUCCCGGGUGAGCCCCAGCUGCGGCCGGAGGGGGAGCUCAGCUGGGCUGAUCUCAACUACCUGCAGAUGCACUUUCGCUGUCAGUGCUACUUAGGCUGGGGUGGCGAGCAAUGCCAGUGGGACCGUACACGGGCAACUGGGGGUGCCCAUGGGGCCGGGGCUGGGUCCCACCUCACCGGCUCGCUGACUGUGGCAGCCCUGGCCCUGACCUGGACUUGAUAGGGAUCUCUCACCCGGCCGCUGGGCAAGCUGGCCUCUGCCACAAGGGCUCUGCCGGGCACGUAGGAGCCUGCAAGAGGUGGACAGACUGGAGCCCCAAGGGGGCAGAUCCCUGGGGAUGCCUGGUAGGGCAUCCAUACCAGCUCUCACCCCCCUGUUCUAAGGGGGAGGGGCAAUUCCCUGAGAGGCCCCUUCUCUCCCUGCCAGAGAGGAAGAGGGGCUCAGCUGGGCCAGAGAGGACCUGACCCUACUCUCCUGCCCUUGGAUAGUUUAUUAUUAUUAUUUUGGGGUCUCUUUUGUAAAUUAAAUACAAAACAACUGCU